CUAAAGCCACUGUCAUUUAUUCACUUAGCUGCCUGACACGAGUAUCGAGUUGAUCGCGGACGUACCGUGGUGGCUCCUGCCUGUGUUGUGUAUUGGAGACCACACCACGUCCUGACUAGCGCAGACACACGCGCUGUUUAUGUUGUUAUUAUUAUUAUCAUUAAUAUGUGUUUUAGCUGCGUGCUAGCAUCGAUGUGGUUCCACUUGUAUGCUAGUUAGCUGCUAGCUAACGUUAGCUCGGCUAGUGACAGUCCAGCCGGAGGCGGGGAGAACUGCGAGAUCCAAUAUAAGUGUCCAAGUCCAAAGUGGCUCUGGAAAUCAACCACAAUGUCUGUUGACGAAGACACCGUAAAGACCGCUAGCCCACAGGCUAGCUCAGCUUCAUCUCUGCAGCUUUCAGAAUGUUCUGGAAGUUGCAGCGGCACAUCAAUUUUAGCGGAAUGCGCAGCCGAGGCUGCUUCUGACUUGGCGGCCUCAUGCCCGGUCCCAGGCACCGCCGCUUCACCCAGACACACCAGCACAGUGGACACUCUGAGCCACUCUGAUGGCACUGGGCCAAGAGCCAAAGGGAACGAAACAGGCAUCAAUCGCAGGAAUAGUUUCCAUAACUCCAAACAGCAUCAACAAAUAAGAGUGGCAAAGCGUCGCAACACAUCCAACUUUAGUUUCAAGCAUCCGAGCUCUGGUAAAAGGAGACGGCGGGCAAACUCAGAGAGUGACUCUGUCCUGCCCACUAAUUUCCUCCUAGGUGGUAACAUUUUUGACCCACUAAAUCUCAACAGCCUGCAGGAUGAAGAGGUCAACAGGGCGCUGAACGCAGAGACCCCGAAAUCAUCUCCGUUGCCAGCAAAGAGUCGAGACCCUGUUGAGAUCCUCAUCCCCAGGGACAUCACAGAUCCUCUCAAUUUGAACAGCUGCAUAGGAGAUAGCAGCUUCUUGGUGUCCCCUUUAAAGAGCGGUGGAAGGAGGAGGCAUCGCAACAGGCAUCACGGUGGCAGCUUUUCAGCCCAGUUACACGUUUCAGACUGUGGAAAAAAUGACAUCAAAAGUGGACACUCUGUGUCAUUUCCCGGUACGGUAGCACGUUCGAAUCCUGACAUCUCUAAAGCGUCAGACAGCGUCUCCGGUGGUGAGGGCGAGUCUCAUGACCACUCUGCAGACGACUCGUCAAACUUAAAGGAAGAAGCGACGUCCAUGUCUGCCGAGGAUUCCACUUGCCUUCCGGUGGGGGCCAACCAGCACACAGGCAGGCGCAAGCGUAGGCGCAACUCUGUCAAAAUGGAACCGCCUGUGACUCACUCCACCCCAAAUGCAAAAUCUGCACCCGUUGAGCAAAAUCAUAAACCUGGGGGAUCCAAAAAUUCCUUCCACACGCCCAAGAGUGGAGCCAAAUCUGCUGCGGGCGGUCGCCAGCACCAGCAUCCCCACAAGCAGGCCAGGGAGCAACAGAAGAAGAAGUUCCAGUAUGGCAACUACAACAAAUAUUACGGUUACCGCAACCCCAGCGCAAGCGAAGACCCACGGAUACACAUCCUCCGUCCAGAGUGGUUUGAAGGGAAACGUGUGCUGGAUUUAGGCUGCAACUCGGGCCACCUUACGCUCUACAUCGCCAAAACCCUGCGCCCCACCCGCAUAUUAGGUUUGGACAUCGACAACGGGUUGGUGCACGCCGCCCGCAAGAACAUCAGGCAUUACCUCUCCGAGAUGCAGAUGCAAGAGGCCAGGCUCGAGGACAAGCACACGGAGAGCAGGGAAAACGGCGACGCACUGCAAGGGGAUGGCGGCCUGGCAGAGGCGGCCGGCGACAAAGACUCUUGCGGCACGGAACAGGUCAAGACCCGACAAGAUGGCAAAACAAAAAAAACGACGCACGUAUUUAGCGAUCAGGCCGGGAGCUGCUCUUUCCCUCUGUCCCUGCAGAUUUCCCGGGGGCCCAUUGCUGCACCUCCACUUACCGAAUCGUCCACCGCAAAACCGGGGGAGUUCCCUGCCAAUGUGUCCUUCAUCAAGGCCAAUUAUGUGCUGCAGAACGAUAACCUGCUCUUGACCCAACGACCAGAGUAUGACGUGAUUCUGUGUCUGAGCGUCACCAAAUGGGUUCACUUGAACUGGGGGGACAGCGGCCUCAAGCGACUCUUCAAGAGAGUUUACAGGCAUCUUCAUCCCGGAGGCAUCUUCAUCCUGGAGCCACAGCCAUGGCAGUCCUACAUCAAGAGGAAGAAGCUGACGGAUAACAUCAACAGAAACUUUAACAGCAUUCACCUCAAGCCGGAUCAAUUUUCGUCAUAUCUCACCAAUGAAGUGGGCUUCACCAGUUGUGAGUUUCUCGGGACGCCGAAGAGUUUAGCGAGAGGUUUCCAAAGGCCAAUCUACUUGUUUCACAAAUGAGCGCUUCUGCCUUGCGAGGAUACGGAAUGUGAGUGACCACACAGCCAGCUAUUGGAUUGUCCCAUCGGUGGCAUAGACUCUUGGCAAGGAACAUUCUUUAAGAAGGGGACCAAAAGCAGGAUACACUUUUUUUUCCUUUUUUUUUUUUUUUUUUGGAAAAUGAAAAGACUCUUACGUCACCUUGAUGUUCUGUUUUUGGCACACGUUAUUUCAAAAUAAGGCCCAGGAGUUGACUGAAUACGUUAAAAGUCAAAGUACCCCUAAAACACGACCAACAUGGUCAGUUAGCAACCACUAAGCCCCAGUGGCUGGUUGACAUCUUCCAUAAAAUGUGAACAGGGCUUCUUUUUUCCGUGUUGCUUUAAAGUGUCAUGUCAUAUUUUCAAGUUUGGGAGGGUUAUUGUAAUACUCCAUUCUAACGGUAGGAGGCGUAACUGAGACAUGAUGCUGACCAUUUGGCAAGCCUGUUGCCAUCUUGUUGGUAGCAUGCCACUGACACCACCGCUCUACUUUUACGUUCUGUUAAUAAUCUUGUGCUCAUGAAUGUAGAAUUGAAGCAGCAAAGGACCCAUGGCAGACUUGCUCCAGCUUCUUGAACCCACUUUAAAUCCGAUAUCUGGCAAUUAUGCACAAUUUAAAAGUAAAUUAAUGCUCUCUGAAGUGAUGACUAAACCAGACAGUACCAUGCCUUGUUUUCACAAACACAAUUGUAAUAAUCUGCAGUUUUAGCUGCUGCCAACUGUUUUAUGGGUCUUUUGCACUUGAAUUUUUAUGACAGCAUGUCAGCUGUUAUGUACGAGCAGCUGUCAGUGAUGAUUGUAUCUAAUAAUUGUUAAUUCACUGCAGCGGCACAUUUAUUCCCGAGGUGAUAAAUAGUGUAUAUUUCUGUUUCAGUAAGUGAUAAUGUUACAUCAGAAUUUUGUUUCACUUUUGUCCUUGUUGAGUUCUUUACUACUUAUUGAUUAGUAGUUGCAUUUGCCUUUGCGCCCUUUUUGUCAAAGGAGUUUUUUUAUCUUUUGGCUUCCCAAAAAAAAGGAUCACUAAUCUAUUUGCUGAAAAAUAUCAAUUUCAAUUGUUUGCUAUUCCUCCCCUAAAAGUCACAUGGAUGAACAAUUUCAUCAGUUUUCAAUAUAUAAAUUGAUUACAAGGAGCAUUGGUGUCAAAUUAAUGCACUUGUUUUUUUGUCUUCGUUCAAUAUGCUGUGGACCUGUAUUCAGUUUAUUUGUUUCCAAAUUCAAACACACCCUCAUCAGAUUCUUUAUUUAAUGUUAAGGAACACAAAACAUAAGUUAGAAAUGUAAUUGACCUCACCAAAUAACAUUUUCUGCUAAGCUAAGACAAUCCGAUUCUCAGGCAUAAACAAGCCCUUGGCUGUAAAAUCAAGGGCCAUUUUCAUUUUAUCACUGAUUAAUUUUUCCACCUACAGCACACAUCAAGACUUAUAUCUUUGUUAGUCCUUAACGUGUGCUGUGAUUAUUUGCCUGAUUGCACCGUACUGUCUCAGCAGUGGUGUCUCUGAAAACGUCACAACCAGGUAUCCAAGCUAAAGUGUGUCUUUGCUGCACAUAGCAUUACAUGAAAUAUAUGCACUGUAAAAAAUGAAAUAAAAUGGAAAAAGAAAGAGUACCCCCAUAGGGAUUUCCCAUACACACACACAAAAUAAGAUCCUCCAGUCGCACAACAGAUAGAGGAACUCAAGGGGUGUAUGAUUUUUAGCUGCAUUGUAUUUCAUGUUGAAUUUGCACUGAUGACUUGAGGGAAUAAAUGUAAAUUUCUGCAGGAGA